AUGAUGCUCUCAUCACAAAUACAUCCUCCAAACCCCCUGCAGCCUCUAAGCCUCAGCAGGGCAGCAGGUUGUUGGAGAUAUACACCAGCAUGCUCUAACAACAAAUACAUGGAGGACAACACUGCUACAGGACUCUCCAUGACUGAAACAAAAGGAGUGUGCAGAAAUGGAGCCCCCUAUUGUGCAAUAACUAAUGGGGAGCCACACACAAGCAACUUGAACCAGAUCACAAGAGAGGAUCCUCUGUUCUGUGAAGCAUGCUCCAACACAAAAUUGGAGCUGCACACAAACCUUCAGCAGUUUCUCCACUCCAUCCAUGAACUCUCUAAAAGCUCAACACUUGCAGCAGCCCAUUGUGCAACCCCUGUCAUGCUGGCUCCUGGUUGUUGUGUAGCUGCAGGUACAUCAACAACUGGAGAGCUAUUCCAUCAGAAAUUGGAGAGCUAUUCCAAGAAAGCAGCAACUUCCUUCUGGAUUUUGUGGUUAUUUGGUUGUUUGUAUUUGGCUGUUAGUUUUUGCUUAGGGACAUCAAAAACUGGGGAGCUAUUCCAUCAAAAAUUGGAGUUGAUCACCAGGAAUUCACAGACACAAUCCCAUAACAUCCAAUCCAGUAUUUGGCCUUGUUCUUCUCCAUCUUUUUGGACAUGGCCUUUGUCCACUUAUGCAGGCCCUCUUUGGAACUGCUAUGAGGGAUGCAAUGUCCUGAGGCUUCUAUGGAGCAACACACUCAGCUGGUCAACCACACUAUCUAUUAUCAACACACCCCAGCAACAACUCCACCAACCUGCAGCAGACAAGGAACAAAUACAACCUAAUAGUACUACUAUUGGUUACAGCAGCAUGCAGAUUUCUUGGGUUGUGUGGUUUGUUGGUUUUGAUUGUCUGUGCAGGUACUCCAAGAAUUUGAACCUGAUCACAACAAAGGACAUCCAUUCUUGUGUAACUGACACCAACAAGCAACCUAAUCACAAAGGAAGCAACAAGAAGAUGCACACUUGUUUGAGAUCUUUUCUAUUAACCUCAGCUCCUUUCUUGCUGGUUCUUGUUUGUUGUGUAGAUGCAGAUGUCAGGAUGGACUUAUCAACAUGUCUUCCCAACACCUACAUAGAACACAUCACAGCUACAACCACCAAAACAAAUACCAAAACAAUUACUAAGAGGCCUCCACAAGGACUAUGCAGAAAUGCAACUUUCUUCUGGUUUUUGUGUUUGUUUGGCUGUUUGUCUUUGGCUGAUUGUUUUUUCUUAGGGACAUCCACACUCUCUAACAUCAACACACCACAGCAAACACUCUACCAACUGGCAGCACACAAGGAACAUGGGUACAGCAGCCUGCAGAUCCCCUUGGUUGUGAGGUGCAGUCGUUUUGAUUUAUGCAGGUACCCCAGCUGCAGCUUCCUCCUUGAAGCUGCAUUGAGCCCCAAGAGCAGUCACCCCAGCAACAACUCCAUCCACCUGCAGCAGACAAGAAACAUAUACAAGUUUGUUUGUUUUGUUUUUCUGUACAGGUACUCCAAGAAGUCUAACCACCUCAUAACAAAGACCAACAAGCAGCCUAGGGAGACUGCAGCCAUCAGAACCUGCAGAUUGGCAGCCUUGGAUGCAUUCCAUCAACAGCUGCAAUAGCUACACCAACUUGAAGCAGACAAGGAACAAAUACAAGCUAAUGGUUGUUGGAGAUACAGGCAACAGUGGAACCCAGAAGGAACUCCAACACCCUCAGAGACAACAUCCAAGAACCAACAACAAUAUCAUGAGUAGCUGUAGAAUGAUACACCUCCAUCAACUCCAUAUACAUACUGUGGAAACACAACACCAAACAACUACUCAGCCACACACCAAACAACAACUCAACCACAGAGCUGAAGCUGAAAGUGCAGAAUUGAAAGAUGAAGUUCAACAGCAUCAGCAACAACAGAGGCCAAA